AUGGGGACCGCACUCAAGACUUGGGAGCUCGAGAACUCAGUCAAGCUCGUCGAUCCUACCAAAGAUGCACUCUACUCCUACUCUGCCUCGGCCCAAAAGUCUAUUAACGAAGCCCACCCAUGGCGCACCGAUCCAAACUACUUCACCUCUGUCCGCAUCUCCGCCGUCGCUCUGCUCAAAAUGGUCAUGCACGCGCGCUCGGGCGGCUCCCUGGAAGUCAUGGGGCUCAUGCUCGGGAAGAUCGAAGCACACACUUUCGUCGUCACGGACGCUUUUCGGUUACCCGUUGAAGGUACAGAGACACGAGUUAAUGCGCAGGACGAGGCAAAUGAGUACAUGGUUGAGUUUCUUGCUAGGGCACGAGAGCAGGGACAGAGCGAUAAUGCGGUGGGGUGGUAUCAUAGUCAUCCUGGCUAUGGAUGCUGGUUGAGCGGAAUCGAUGUCAACACGCAAAAGACACAGCAGCAGUUCCAGGACCCUUUCUGCGCAAUCGUCAUCGACCCUGAUCGUACUGUUUCAGCUGGUAAAGUCGAAAUUGGCGCGUUCCGCACGUAUUCGACCGAGUACAUGGAGACCAAUGAUAAAACUGGUGGUAGUUCAAAGUCGAGUGGAGGCGGCGGCGUUGACAGUGACGGCUUCCAAACCAUCCCCCUCGGCAAGAUCGAAGACUUCGGCGCACAUGCGAACCACUACUACUCGCUCGAAGUCACGCAUUACAAGUCCUCUCUCGACGCUAAGCUCCUCGAAGCCCUAUGGAACAAAUACUGGGUCCAGACUCUCUCGUCAUCCCCGCUUAUCUCGAAUCGCGACUACGGCACCAAGCAGAUUAGCGAUCUGGCGCGCAAGACGCAACAAGAGAGUAAGAACGGGAAGCGGUUCAAGAGUGGUCCAGGGCAUGCUACUAGAUUUGAGGUCAAAGGGCAGUUGGCAAAGCUAGGCGCGGCGGGGAGUAAGAUUGCGAGGGAGGAGGACAUGGGGCUUUUGGCCGCACAGGUCAAAGACAAGGUAUUCAACUUGAAUGGGGAUGACCAAGUAACGACGGAGAGUCAAGAGGUAGAGAUGAAGACCUGA